CCGUCUGCUCUCCCCGCAGCGUGGAGGGGGACCCGCCGGGCAGCGAGGCAGGGCCGACGGUGGACAGCCCGGGCAGCCAGGCGCCCUACCGCUGCGGGGCUGAGCUGCCCAAGGCCGGGGAGCCCUACGACUUGGGCCCCCUGACCGCCACCGUCUCCGCCUGCCAUCCCCCGGCCCCUGGGCUGCCUUGGGCCCAGCGGGCGCGGCUCCAGCCGGCCAGCGUGGCCCUGCGCAAGCAGGAAGAGGAGGAGAACAAGCGCUCGAAGGCCCUGUCGGACAGCUAUGAGCUAUCCACCGACCUCCAGGACAAGAAGGUGGAGAUGCUGGAGCGGAAGUACGGGGGUUCGUUUCUGAGCCGGCGGGCGGCCCGCACCAUCCAGACGGCGUUCCGCCAGUACCGCAUGAACAAGAACUUCCAGCGACUCCGCAGCUCGGCCUCCGAGAGCCGCAUGUCCCGCCGCAUCGUCCUCUCCAACAUGCGCAUGCAGUUCUCCUUCGAGGAGUUCGACAAGGGGCCGCCCGCCGCCCCCUACUUCGAGGGCAAGCCGGCCUCCCUGGACGAGGGCACCAUGGCCAGCGCCCGCCCCCACCUGCUGGAGCGCGGGGGGCUGCCCUACGGGGGCUCCUGCCGGGCCGGCCUGGACAGCGGCUCGCUCCACGCCUCCUCCGGCGACUUCUGCAGCGAGAUCACCGAGCUGGAGGACUCCUUCGCCAAGCAGGUGAAGUCCCUGGCGGAGUCGAUUGACGAGGCCCUGAACUGCCACCCGCUGCCGGCGCCGGAGGGGGGGGGGCCCGGCCCGCUGGAGAAGAGCGAGUCGAAGGAGCAGCAGGGGGACAGCGCGGCCACCUCCUUCAGCGACGUCACCCUGUACCUGGACGAGGGGGUGCCGGCCUCCCCCCUCUCCCUGGAGCGGCCCCCCAGCUCGGAGCCCCCAGAGCCCGGCCCCCCGCCAGCCCAGCCCCGGCCCGAGUUCUGGGGGGCCCCGCCGCGGGAGGACAGCCGGGAGAACGGGGCCGGCCGGCGUGGGCCCCCCUGCCUGGAGUGCCGGGACUUCCGCCUGCGGGGGGCCCACCUGCCCCUGCUCACCAUCGAACCCCCCAGCGACAGCUCGGUGGACCUGAGCGACCGCUCCGAGCGCAGCUCGGUCCACCGGGGCCUGGCCUACGAGCCGGACGGCUGCGGGGCCCCCAAGCACCCGCCGGCCCCCCCGCCCCCGGCCCCCUCGCCCCACCCCCUGCGCCACUACCGCCCCGAGCCCGCCCCGCCCCCGCCCCCGCCGCCCGGACGCCUGGGUCCCGAGCACUCGGACGGCGACAACGACAGCCUGCAGAGCAGCAGCAACUCCAACGAGACCAUCAACUGCAGCUCGGGCUCCUCCUCCCGGGACAGCCUGCGGGGCCCCCCGCCCCCGCCCCCCCCGGCGCCCCCGCCCGCCGGCCCCGGCCCGGGCCUGUGCAAGCAGACGUACCAGCGGGAGACCCGCCACAGCUGGGACUCGCCCGCCUUCAACCACGACCUGCUGCAGCGGCGCCAGUACCGCAUCGGCCUCAACCUCUUCAACAAGAAGCCGGAGAAGGGGAUCCAAUACCUCAUCGAGAGAGGGUUCCUCUCGGACACGCCGGUCGGGGUCGCUCACUUCAUCCUGGAGCGCAAGGGCCUGAGCCGGCAGAUGAUUGGCGAGUUUCUCGGCAACCGGCAGAAGCAGUUCAACCGUGACGUUCUUGACUGCGUGGUGGAUGAGAUGGAUUUCUCCAACAUGGACCUGGACGACGCUCUGCGGAAGUUCCAGUCGCACAUCCGGGUGCAGGGGGAAGCGCAGAAAGUUGAGCGUCUCAUCGAAGCCUUCAGCCAGCGCUACUGUGUCUGCAAUGCCCCGCUCGUGCGCCAGUUUCGGAACCCGGACACCAUCUUCAUCCUGGCCUUCGCCAUCAUCCUCCUCAACACCGACAUGUACAGCCCCAGCGUCAAGCCCGAGAGGAAGAUGAAGCUCGAUGACUUCAUCAAGAACCUCAGAGGGGUGGAUAACGGGCAGGACAUCCCCCGCGACCUCCUGGUGGGGAUCUACCAGCGCAUCCAGAGCCGUGAGCUACGAACGAACGACGACCACGUCUCCCAGGUCCAGACCGUCGAGCGCAUGAUCGUGGGGAAGAAGCCGGUGCUGUCCCUGCCCCACCGUCGCCUGGUCUGCUGCUGCCAGCUCUAUGAGGUGCCCGACCCCAACCGGCCCCAGCGGCUCGGCCUGCACCAGAGAGAGGUCUUCCUCUUCAACGACCUGCUGGUGGUGACGAAGAUCUUCCAGAAGAAGAAGAUCCUGGUGACGUACAACUUCCGCCAGAGCUUCCCGCUGGUGGAAAUGCACAUGCAGCUGUUCCAGAACUCCUAUUACCAGUUCGGGAUCAAGCUCCUGUCGGCCGUGCCGGGCGGGGAGCGGAAGGUGCUGAUCGUCUUCAACGCCCCCAGCCUGCAGGACCGGCUCCGCUUCACCACCGACCUGCGGGAGUCCAUCGCCGAGGUGCAGGAGAUGGAGAAAU